GCUACCGCCGCUGCCGCCGGCGCGGUGAACCGGUGCCGCGGCGACGCCCGUGUCCCCGCCGUCUUCCUCGGGCUCCCGGGCCUUGGCCCCCGGGGCCCUCGGCAGGCGUCGGUGAAGAGCCUGCCGAGCGAACGUGUGCUCCCACACGCGCCCUCCGCGACCCCGUAUCGCGACUCCGAGGAAGGGGAGCGAGAGGGGCCGUCGCGACUCCGCGCCGUGUGUCGCCGGGCGGGGCCGCGGGGCCGGGGCUCCUCCAGCCCCCGGGAUGCGCGCGCGAGCUCUCGUCUCCACUUCCUUGUUGCCCCUGUCACGACUGGAGCCGCCUCUCGCCGACAGCGGGGAGCGCGAGUGCGCCGGCCGGCCCCCUCGUCGAGCCCCCUGGCCGGGCGCCUCCGGGGAUGUGAGCCGCGCGGCUGGCACGCUCCUCCGGCCAUGGAUGCGUCAUAUGAUGGUACGGAGGUAACUGUCGUGAUGGAGGAAAUUGAGGAAGCCGAUGGUUACACCGCCCCUGGGCCGCCCAAGAGGAAGAAAAAGUAUAAAAUUCACGGCGAAAAGGCCAAGAAACCCAGGUCUGCUUACCUUCUGUACUAUUACGACAUCUACCUGAAAGUGCAGCAGGAGCUCCCCCACCUCCCCCAGUCCGAGAUCAAUAAGAAGAUCAGUGAGAGCUGGAGGCUUCUCAGUGUGGCCGAGAGGAGUUACUACUUGGAGAAGGCCAGACUAGAGAAAGAAGGUGUGGAUCCUGACGCGAAGCUCUCUGCGCUGACGGCCGCCGUGCCGGACGUCCCCGGGUUCCGCAAGAUCCUCCCCCGCUCCGACUACAUCCUCAUCCCCAAGAGCAGCCUGCAGGACGAGCAGAGCUGCCCUCCGGUGGAGCUGUGCGUGGCCCCGCCCCAGGUGUCCCCGAAAGGGCCCUCUCUUGUGUCCAGCGCGGCCCUGGAGACGGUGCCCGGCCACGCGGGCGUGGCUGAACAGCGCCUGGCCGUGGAGGCCUUCGCGGAGGAGGCGGGCGGCCUCGGCCAGCCCGCCGCCGUCGAGGAGCUGGCCGCCUCGGAGGUCCUGGGCCGCGACGUGCUCCUGAACGCGGCUCCCCUGGAGGCGGACGAGAGCCGUCAGCCCCAGCGGCCGCGCCUGGUCCUGGAGGAGGCCUUCGCCCGCGGCUCCCCGGAGCACCCGGCUGCAGGCCCGGCGGGGCCCCACGCGCAGGCGGGGGACAGCGUGUCGCUCGUGACAGUCGUGAGGGACCCCGGCGACAGCGGCUCCUCGGCGCCAGCCGCGCAGUUCAUCGUGCUGCCUCUGCCCGCCUACUCGGUCGUGGAGAACCCGGCCUCCAUCAGACUGACCACUACAUACACCCGACGGGGCCACGGGACGUGCACCAGCCCAGGCUGCUCCUUUACCUAUGUCACCAGGCACAAGCCACCCACGUGCCCCGCCUGCGGUAACUUCCUCGGAGGAAAGUGGACCCCGAAGGAAAAGCCGUCCAAGGUCAAGGUGGACUUGGCUUCUGGCGUCCCCUCUAAAGGCUCCGUGGUUAAAAGAAGUCAACAGCCUGUGGUCACGGAGCGCACCUCGCCCAAGCAGCGCUGUUCCCCGGCGGCCCUGGAGAGCGCCGAGGCCGGGAGCCAGCUCCUGAGCGCCGCUCCUCCGAGGGAAGGGGGUGAGCGGGGCGCACGGGAGGCGCCCGUCCUCGCGGACGCCUGCCUCCUGGUCACGGACGCGCCGUCGGUCUCUGAGACGCCGGUGGUCAAGAGUGGCGCGCAGCCCGAGGUCUCCAUGGGGACAGUGGAGAGGGACAGUCCUGGACUAGACGUGCUGCCGCCAGCCGAGGGGACCAGCACCUCCACUUCGCUCCCUGCUCCUAAGAGGCCUCCAGGGGUUGACCUGCUCACCCCGGUGCCCAGAGGCCCGGAGUUCAAGGGCAGAGCACGGGGCAAGCCCUCGUUACUGGCUGCGGCGAGGCCCACGAGAGCGAUUCUUCCAGCCCCAGCGCACGUGGGCCGAGGCGGUGGCGCGGGCCUGCCCAGGGCCAGGCAGGCCUUUCCCCCGAGUGAGAAGGCUCCCUCUGUGAGGACCUGUGGCCUGAAGCCAAGCACGCUGAAGCAGCUGGGCCAGCCCGUCCAACAGCCAUCGGGCGCUGGUGAGGCGCAGCUCACAAAUGGCCUGGCCAGCAGGACGCCUCGGGUGGAGGUCGUCGAGGUCAAGCCCGACGCCUUUCCUCCCUACAAGUACAGCUGCGCCGUCACGCUGGAUUUGGGCCUGGCGACAUCGAGAGGCCGGGGAAAGUGCAAGAACCCCUCGUGCAGCUAUGUCUACACCAACCGACAUAAACCUCGGAUUUGUCCCAGCUGUGGUUUUAACCUUGCCAAAGACCGGAGUGAGAAAACCACCAAGGUUCUCGAGGCGAGCUCCCCGCUCCCAGACGUGCUGAGGGCCACAGAGCCCCUGAGUGCAGCCCAGAGGGAGGUCCAGCGUCAGUCCACCCUGCAGCUGCUGCGCAGGGUCCUGCAGAUUCCGGAGAACGAGGCUGAGCUGGCUGAGGUCUUCGCCUUGAUUCACGAGCUCAACAGCUCUCGACUCGUCCUGUCCAGCGUGAGCGAGGAGGCGGUCACCAUCGAGCAGACCUCUUGGUCCACCUACUACGAGUCUCCGUCCACGCAGUGCCUUCUCUGUAGCAGCCCGUUGUUCAAGGGCGGACCAGACUCCCUGGCCGGGCCCCAGGAGUGCUGGCUGCUGACGGCCAGCUGGCUGCAGGUGGUGACCGCCCAGGUGAAGAUGUGUCUGAAUCCCCAGUGUCUGGCCCUGCACAGCUUCACGGACAUCUACACAGGCCUCUUUAACGUGGGGAACAAGCUGCUGGUGAGCCUGGACUUGCUCUUCGCCAUCCGAAACCAGAUCAAGCUGGGCGAGGACCCCCGGGUGUCCAUCAGUGCUCUUCUCCAGUCCGUGCAGGAGCAGACAGAGAAGACCCUCACCUCGGAGGAGCUGAGGCAGCUGCAGGAGCUGCUGUGCAACGGCUACUGGGCUUUCGAGUGCCUCACGGUCCGGGACUACAACGAUAUGAUCUGUGGCAUCUGCGGCGUGGCCCCCACUGUGGAGGUGGCCCAGAGGAGCGAAGAGAACGUGCUGGCCCUGGAGAGUGUGGAGUUCACCUGGCCCGAGUUCCUGGCCUCCAGCGAGGUGAACGUGGAGGACUUCUGGGCCACGAUGGAGACGGAAGUGAUCGAGCAGGUGGCCUUCCCCGCCAGCAUCCCCAUCACCAAGUUCGAUGCCUCCGUCGUCGCGCCCUUCUUCCCGCCGCUCAUGAGAGGGGCUGUGGUCGUCAACACCGAGAAAGACAAGAACCUGGAUGUGCCCCCGGCACCCGGCAAUGGCAGCGCCCUGGUGCGGCUGCUGCAGGAGGGCGCCUGCAAGCUCGAGGAGCUGAGCUCCUACAGCGAGGAGGAGCUGCGGCGCCUGCUGAGGCAGUGUGGGAUCCCCUUCGCCGCCGAGGACUCCAAGGACCAGCUCUGCCUCUCCCUGUUGGCUCUCUACGAAUCUGUUCAGAAUGGAGCCAGACCUCGACAGCCCCCGCCUCACCUCACGGGGGGUAAGAUCUACAAGGUGUGCCCCCAUCAGGUGGUCUGCGGCUCCAAGUGCCUCGUGCGGGGCGAGAGCGCCCUCGACCACGUGGACCUGCUCGUCUCCUCCCGCCACUGGCCUCCCGUGUACGUGGUGGACAUGGCCACACCCGUGGCCCUGUGUGCCGACCUCUGCUACCCCGAGCUGACCAGCCAGAUGUGGGGGAGGAACCAGGGCUGCUUCUCCAACCCCACGGAGCCGCCUGUGAGCGUGUCCUGCCCGGAGCUCUCGGACCAGCAUUACUCGGUGGACGUGACAGAGGCCGAGCCCUCGGUCCAGCACCCGGUCACCAAGAGCGCCACGCGGCGCAUCGUCCACGCGGGCACGCAGCCCAGCGCCGGCGACCCCAGCGCGGGGCACCACUCCCUGGGCCUGUGUCCAGAGCUGGCGCCCUACGCGGCGCUCGUGGCCUCCCUCGCGGACAGCAGGCCCAGCAGCGCCCGCCAGCGGCCCAUCGCCUUCGACAACGCCACCCACUAUUACCUCUACAACCGCCUGCUGGACUUCCUCACCAGCCGCGAGAUCGUCAACCGGCAGAUCCACGACGUGGUGCAGGGCUGCCAGCCGGGCGAGGUGGUCAUCCGAGACACCCUCUACCGCCUGGGGGUGGCGCAGAUCAAGACCGAGACGGACGCGGACGUGGACGCGGAGGACGCGGACGUGGCCGCGGCCGCAGCCGCAGAGUAAGCCAGGCUCCCGCCCAGGGACCACACCAUCUCUCAAGCCAUAGCAGGGCCCCUGCCGAGGCAGAUCCGUCCCGGGGACCGGCCUGCACUCCUGGGACCGACCAAAGAGCUGCCGUGCGCUGAGCCCAGGGAGGGUCCCCGCCUUCUGGGGGCGGGAGGGCCGCAGGACCCUCCUCGCGAGCCCCGGGUGACCUGCCGAGGGGCAGGGAGGCCCAGAGAAGCUGCCCAGGGUGCCCCCCCCCCCACCGGGGGACUUGGGGUUCCUCAGGGGUCCCUCCUGUAUGCACACGGGGGGCGGGGAGGGGGGUGCGCAGCUGCUCCCUCCAGGUCUGUCCCUGUGCCCCAGCUUUGGGGAGAGGACCCCUCCGGGCCCUGCCGCCACGGCUCACGUCCUCUCUGGCCCCGGGCCCUCACCGCCGCGGGGAUGUGGUCGGUGAGCGCGACCUGAGCUGGCGGCAGAAGGAAACUUCCCUUCCGUGAAGGGGCAGCAGCCGGGGCCGCGAGGGAGCAGCAGGCUGGGCUCGGGGGCCGGGGGCCGAGCCGUGUAACUUAUUGAGAGGAGUGGGGGGUUGUGUCCCUCCCUCCCCCACCCGCCGGAAUAAAGGUGAUUCAAUCACA